UCUCGUCUCCAAUUCUCUCUAUAUAAAUGCAACCUCCCCGAUUUUCACUCUUCAUUCAGCCAUUUUCAAUCCGCCAUUUGUUGAACUCACCUUGGCCUUCGCUGAUUCUUCAUUUUUCUUUUUCUCCUUCGUCGUCCGGUUCUGUUUUCCGAUCUGGGUUCUGUAAAUUUCGCUUCAAAAUCAGCUUCCCAGGUUCGAUUUUGAGUUUCUGACGGUGAAGGAUCGUCGAUAUCGACGGGGGAUUUUCCGGUGGGGGUAAAACCCGGGUUCGUCAAGUUGUAGACAUCACGGCUAUACACGUGGUUUUCCGGUCGUUCGUUCAUGUCCGGUCUGUACGACGAAAGGGUUGUAUAACUCUUACUAACCCCUCGCCGCACGGUGGACGUGGUGCUCUGCCCUCCGAAGGGGGUAGUCCUUCUGAUCUUCUUUUUCUUGCCGGCGGUGGAUUCUCUUGCGUAGAGCAUUCUUCGAAUUAGCUUUUCAACGACUUUGUUUGUUUUUGGGGGCCGAUUUUGGUGUUGGGUUUGAUUUGAAUUAGAAGCGGACGAUAUGUUGAGGAUUAAGCGUGUUCCGACUGUGGUAUCUAAUUUCCAAAAGGAUGAAGCUGAGGAAGUCGCUCCCAGAGCAGGGUGCGGCCGGAACUGCCUCAAUGAAUGUUGCUAUGAAGGAGCCAAGAUUCCCUUGUAUGCUUUCAAGAAGCUAAACAAGAUCUCAAAAGGCUUGUGCUGCGAGUAUGAGAACACUGCACCUCCUUUUGCUUUUCUUGACUCGCUGCUUCUUGGGGAGUGGGAGGACCGGAUGCAGCGAGGGCUGUUUCGCUAUGAUGUCACUGCUUGUGAGACUAAGGUAAUUCCUGGAAAGUAUGGUUUCAUUGCCCAGCUGAACGAGGGUCGACAUCUGAAGAAGAGGCCAACCGAGUUUCGAGUUGAUAAGGUUCUCCAGCCUUUUGAUGGUAACAAAUUCAACUUCACUAAGGUUGGGCAAGAAGAGAUCCUCUUUCGGUUUGAAGCAAAUGAAAAUGGGAAUGCACAGCUUAUUCCAAAUGCCCCUCUUGAUGUCGAAAAUUCUCCAAACAUGGUUGCCAUUAAUGUUAGUCCCAUUGAAUACGGACACGUCCUCUUGAUUCCUCGUAUUUUCGAGCGCUUGCCGCAAAGGAUCGAUCGAGAAAGCUUCUUGCUUGCUCUUCACAUGGCAGCGGAGGCUGGGAAUACAUACUUCCGACUCGGGUACAACAGCUUGGGCGCAUUCGCCACCAUCAAUCACCUUCAUUUUCAGGCAUAUUACUUGGCUGUUCCUUUCCCUAUUGAGAAAGCUCCGACGAAGAAAACAAUCUCGUUGAAUGAUGAAGUUAUCGUCUCUGAGCUACUAAAAUAUCCCGUUCGAGGGCUCGUGUUCGAGGGCGAAAACACUCUGCAAGCGUUAUCGAACGCAGUGUCUGAUGCCUGCAUAUGCCUUCAAGAACACAACAUUCCUUACAAUGUCUUAAUUGCUGAUUGUGGGCAACGUAUCUUCCUUCUCCCACAGUGCUAUGCUGAGAAACAAGCACUUGGGGAAGUGAGCGCGGAGCUCCUCGACACCCAAGUGAACCCGGCCGUUUGGGAGAUAAGCGGACACAUGGUGUUGAAGAGGAAGAAGGAUUACGACGAGGCGUCGGAGGAAAAUGCCUGGAGGCUCCUCGCCGAGGUAUCCCUAUCAGAAGAGAGGUUUCAAGAAGUGUGUGCUCUAAUCUUCGAAGUCCUCGACACAGUUGAUGUUGAAGGUAGCCCGAGCGUGGCUAAGGAGCACGGUGAUGCUUGUCUAGAGGAAGUUGAAGCUAGAAACAACGCCUCCCGACCACUUCAGGUGACCGGGACGCGGGAAUGCUUAGUUUAGCUCUGCAAUGACUACAACUGCAAGAGCUUGAUGCUUUUAAUAUAGAACUGUUAAACUUGUAUGGUGGAAACUUUUGUUUGUACUAGUAGAAGUGGUGUUGUGAACAAUCCUCUUCUUCCUUUUCCUCUCAUGCAAUCUCAACCUCCAAACCCUCUUCUCUAA